AUGGCGACCCCAGUCACCAUCAAGGUUUCGAAUCGCAAUCCAAGAAAGCCAAUAAAGCGAUUGCCUUCAAGCAUUGAGGUUACGGAUGCGACAACAGUUCAAGAUGUGAAGGAUAAACUUGGGAAGCAGGUCGGACUUAAUCCAGAACGAUUGGGCAUUUCGGAUCCAGAAAAGAAGAAGCUCUUGUCGGACAGGAAAGCGCUUAUAACCAAACACAAAGAGGUUCUUGGAGGACUUGAGAUUCUGGUGAAAGAUCUUGGACCACAAGCUUCUUGGACGACCGUCUUCGUUAUCGAGUACCUAGGCCCAAUUCUGAUCCAUCUAUCGUUCCUCGCGAUCCGCCCAUAUAUCUACAGCAAUCCUGGCCCUCUUUCCACGUCCCAAUACCUCAGCAUGGCUAUGAUCGUUCUUCAUUUCCUCAAACGCGAAUACGAGACCCUCUUCGUUCACCGAUUCUCCCUCGCAACGAUGCCAUUCUUCAACAUCUUCAAGAACUCGGGACAUUAUUGGGUAUUUUCUGGUUUUAAUCUCGCGUACUGGAUCUACAAGCCAACAUCAUAUACUGCGAAGAGUUCCCCAGCUAUUGAUUCCAUCAACUAUGUCGGAAUUGCACUCUACCUCUUCGGCGAGAUCGCCAAUUACAAUGCGCAUGUGGUUUUGAGCAAGCUUCGCAAGCCAGGAGGAACGGAAAGAGGUAUUCCAAAGGGAUUUGGAUUUGAUACUGUUACGUGUCCAAAUUACUCCUUCGAAUUGAUUGCAUGGACUGGUAUUGCUCUUGUUACUAAGAGCUGGAGUACGGUGCUAUUUGGCAUUAUCGCGUAUGGGCAGAUGCGGAUUUGGGCGCAAAAGAAGGAGCGAGCAUUACGGCAGUUGAGUGAUAAGUACAACAAGAAGAGAAAUGGUAUUAUUCCUGGUCCAUGGAGAAAGUUGUAA